AAAAAAAAAAAAAAACAACAACAGAAAAAAAAAUUAAACGUUAAAAUGGCGUCGCGGUCGCCUCGCAGCCGCGGCAGCUGCGUCCUACAACGAGCGCUUUCUCCGGUGUUUUCUGCCGCCCGGUACCGCAGGACGUGCAAGGAACCGUUAUAUUUGAUCGCCCUGGACCGGUAUAAGACCGACCCGGCCUCCCAGUGUCAUUUCUCGCCGGUGUCCGCGCCUCACGGCUUUCUCUACGACGCGACCCUGAGCGACGGCGACUGCAGAGUCCGGGUCUCGCUGCACCCGAACCUGAACCCGCUGCUCCAGAACAACGCGCUGAGGUGCGGUUCCGAGGUGUACGACGUCCAGUUCGCCGUCGAGUUCGACGAGGCUCGGCUCGGGGGGCGCUGCCGAACAUUUCAGGUUCUGGGUUUGGAGACCGGGGGCCCAGCUUUUCAGCGACUCCGGGGGCUAAAUUUGCAGUCCCUGCCUUGGUUCGGCAGGUCAGACGGGGGUGGUGAAGCGGCGGUUGCUCCGUUGCUGGCACGGAGGGCUUGUUAUUUGCCGCUGUGGGACUGCGACGAUUAUUUUGGAGACGCUUGGGAGAGUCCAGCUCGCAGAGCCGAGUCGCCGGACCACCACUCUGAAAACGACGCCGACGAAGAAGGUACGCAGUUCGUCACUCUGCAGCAGGUGAAGGCCUCCUUCAUUAAGAAGUCCAAGGGUAAACUCGGCCCGCUCGCUGUCCGAGUGCUCAAAAAAUCCCGGCUGUGCCAUUUUGGAAAGGAGGACCGGACAAACGAGUGCCCUUACCAGGCAGAGUUGGAGGUGGCUGAUGGGUCGGGCGCUGCCUCUGUGAUCCUGUGGAACUCGCUGUGUCUCCGGUGGUACCGCUGUUUGGACCCGGGGAUGGUUCUGCAGCUCUGGGACUACAGGGUGAAGGAAAGCUACUCCAGGAGACUGGGAGAGGGUCGGGAGAGCCAGGACCAGGACCAGGACCAGCAACACAUAGAGAUCAGUCUCAAUUCACGAAACCCCGCUGCCAUCAUCCGCGUCGUCCCGGAGAGAUCUGUGCAGAGAGGCUGGAGGCUGCCCUCCCUGACCUUCAGCUUCCUGACCAGGGCGGCGCUCGCUUCCUGUCCCGACGGUACCGUCUGCGACUUCAUCGGCCUGGUGAGGUUCGUGGGGCGGCCCGAGCGAACCAGGAAGAAAGGAGGGGGCGGGGAGGAGUUUUCGGUGUACCGCUGGCUGCAGCUCGAUGACGGGACAGGGGCCGGCCCGAUUCUCCUCAAGCUCCACUCCACCUCCCAGCCAGAGACCCACGCGCGCCUCCGUCCGAUGUUCAUAGUCGUGUGCACAAACAGCCAGCUAGCGAGCACUGGGAGCCAGCAGGGGGGUGCUCCUUCAUACCAGUACCUGACCAGCACCAGACACAGCCAGGUCUACGGUCAGGGGCAGCACAGGGGCCGAUCGUACACGACCCUGCCUCUGGUCCAGCGGUUCAUCGCCUGGGUCCACACUCUGAGUGAAGAGACGGAGAUGAGCACGGCUGCCGUUGGUGGAUAUUUCAGCUUCCCGCCCCUCCCCACCAACAUCAAACACUAUCUAGGGGAGAGGAAGGGGAACCCCUGCUUACUGAGUAUGGAGGAGCUGAGGGCGGAGGUGGGCAGGCUGCAGUACAGGGAGCACAGACGCUUCACCGUCCAGGGAUCCAUCAUCGCGGCGCGCUACUGUCGACCGGGGGAGAGGCAGGGGGAGCAGGGGCGGCUCAGCACCUCCAGAGCAGGACUGGCAGAGUUCUCCACUCGUCAUUACUCUUCUGCUUCCUCCCUCGACUCGACGUCUCUCGAACCCCACUGCAGUCCAGUCGGCUCUCCAGAAAUCCCGUUCUCUCCUCACUACCUCCGGAUCAGCAGCACUCCCAAGCAGAGCCCUCCCAGGAGGAGCCCCAGAAAGAGGCCACUGGGAAAGUGUAGGAGAAAAACCGAGACGCCCCGGAAAAGGCUCGCUCUGACCUCCCAGUUCAAAUCCAGCCCAGCACAGAGCAGACAGGCAGACAGGAGCCUGCGGCAAUCCACUGCAAGCUGCAGCCUGGCAGACUUUAUCAUAGAGCAGAUUUGCUCAGAGUUUCAGCUGAGCUCCGAUGAGGAAGAGCAGGAGAUGCAGGCUGAAGACCCAGCCCUCCUCUCCCCACCCCCUGGAGCGAGACCCCUGGCCUGGUCCGGCCGCUGCUGGCAGGGGGAGAGGCUGGGGGGGGCGGGGGUGCUCCCCGAAACUGUACCCCGCAGAUACAACCACGCGCAAUGGGAGCUCCAAACCAGAGCAGCCGGACUGCAGCCUGCCUGCCUCUCGCACACCCUGCCUGAGCCAGCCCGAGAGCUGGAGAGCUUCUCCCCAGCCAGCAGCUACCACGGGUGCUACAGCGUCACGAUCCUGGGUUUGAAUGAACGCCUGGCUGUUGAUGCCGUCUUUUUACCCACAAUGCCCGCGGGCCCCCACGCUGUACCUCACGAGAACAGCCUGGCGUCUGUGUUGGCACACGGGGGCCCAUCCCCCUCCAGACCCCCCCCAGCUCCAGAGGACCUCAUCGCUACAGCACCAGCUCUGGCUAAUAAACACUUCCUGUUUGUUUUGGACAUCAGCCAGCAGGGGGCAGAGAGACUGGAGGUGGUCCUGAACCGCGCCUACCCCUCCCCCUAGACCCCCCGCCCCGCCCCACUCCUCCAGGACGAGGGGAGUCCGAUCCAGGGGGGGGGGGGGGGCUCUCCUUUAAACACCUGCAGAGAUCGAUUCUUUUGAAUUCUCGUGGUUCAGUUUGGGUUUUUUUUUUUACUUCUUCUUCAGUUGCUGAAACCCUUUCGCUUUUGUGAUUAUCUGGGUUCAGUCGAUCUCAUGUCAGUUCUCUGAGGCAGACGGACAGACAGACAGCUGGAACGUUUCAUUUCAAAGAGAUUAAACACCCGUUUGUUUGAUGUUUCUCUAACGUCGUUUCAUCGUGUUCUGAUGACUUCUGUUGUUGUUAUUUAUUAAUAUUAUUAAUAUUUGUUAUUGUUUUGAUAAUAAAAAAUUACAUUCAGUA